AUGAUGAUGAUGCCCUCGGCUAGCAUGCCUCGUCGCCCUGAUGAGGCUCCUAACUACGAGACCGCUCCUAUGGAACACAAGAAUGAGUUCAAUCCUUACAUGGACAAUGGAGGGACCUGCAUCGCUGUUCCUGGUGCCGACUACUGCGUGGUCUCGACUGACAAUCGUGUUAGUAAAGGGUAUUCUAUCGCAACCAGGAAUGGAUCUAAAAUCACCAAACUGUGA